UUGGCAGGACACGGGAUGAUAAAACUGCCCCAGCUUGUUCUGUCAGAUCCAUUAGCGGGUAGGUUCAGGUCUGAGGAACACACAGGGACAAGGACCGCGGUUCGUGUUUGCCGUCCACACUGACAACUUCAGAGCUGAUACUGCAGGCUGGCGACUGUGACAACAGCUGCAACAAACUGCUUAAACUUUAGUGUGUCGGCGUCUAGUCCACAGUCAACACAUUUGUGAGUCGGAGCUGAGAUGAUCCUGCAAAGAAAGAAGUCACAGUGGUCUGGACGGCUGCUGCUGUGCUGGUUCCUGCUCUGGAUCUCUCUGCAGCCAGACUCCCUCCACCGGGUGUCAGCCGUCAACCUGCGGCGCUUCAUCGGCUGUGCCGUGCGGGAGUUCACCUUCCUGGCCAGGAAGCCCGGCUGCGGGGGUCUGCACGUCACCACCGACGCCUGCUGGGGGCGCUGCGAGACCUGGGAGAAGCCCGUCCUGGACCCCCCCUUCAUCGAGUCCUACCAGCGGGUCUGUACCUACAACGAGACCCGUCUGGUCUCCGUGAAGCUGCCUAACUGCCUGCCCAACGUCGACUCGACCUUCACCUACCCCGUGGCCCUGAGAUGUGACUGUGGCGUCUGUCUGACCAGCACCACUGAAUGUAUAACGUCCGUCUAACGCUAAUCUCAACACUUUACUUUUAAUUUUUUAAAAUAAACACUUUUUAAAUAUACGCUUUUAAGUUGACUUAGUUUAACUCAAUUUUGUUACGUAGCUUAUAGGGCUCGGUAUCGGUACUCGAUAUCUUUAAGGUGUCAACCGAAAUAACCCAGUACCAAGUAGUAUCAAAACUUCUCCAAUCAAAUGAUACCUGCAAUCGAUUGUUUUUGUGCCCAGAUCUAG